AUGAGGCCAUGGUAUCUAAUACAAGGUAAUAAUAGGGUAACGGAGACGUUCAGAGACAUCCAAAGAGAAGAAGAUGAGAGGAUAAGAGAUGCAACUAUACACCCUGAAACUUCAAAGUGGAAGUUGGGUGUUUCAGUUGAUGCUCUAAAUGAUCGGAGGAAUCGCUACGUAAAUAUCAUGCCUUAUGAACGGAACCGUGUGAAGUUGGGUUUGGUGUCAGGUAAUGACUACAUUAAUGCGUCGUAUAUUACAAUCAAUGUUCCCGGCCAGUCUGCUGUUAAGGGGAAUUACAUAGCCACCCAGGGGCCUACGAGAAAUACUUGGCCUCAAUUUUGGCAGAUGUGUUUCCACGAGUGCCCCGAAGAGCAUAUUGUCAUCAUAUCGGUCACACCGUUAGUGGAAAAUGGUCGAGAGAAAUGCUUCCUAUAUUGGCCUACAAAGGAUGCUGGUAUGAGUACUAUUCAUGUUCCAAAGAGGCAAGCAGCUAGCAACCUUCCUAAGGAUGUUUCUGUAUUUGAGACAGAUCUUGAUGUCGAAUAUAUUUCGGAAAGCAUUGGUAACGGAUAUGUGAAAACUAACCUUGCUAUAAUACCUAGUGAUGGUACAUUUCCUAUGAAGAUUGUCCAUCACUUUUAUUUUGAUAAGUGGAAGGACAUGAGUAAGCCAGACGAGAUAGAACCUAUUUUAGAGCUUUCAAGACAUUCCCAUAGAGUAAGUUCGCCAGGAAAUCCCAUUAUUGUGCAUUGUUCAGCGGGCGUAGGUAGAUCAGGUACCUUUAUAACCCUAGAUCAUCUUAUCCAUGAUACGCUUGACUUCACGCGUGAUGAACCCGUCCAAGGUUAUCCAAAUGACUUGAUAGAGGAGAUUGUAAGACAAUUGCGGCGACAGAGACAAAAGAUGGUCCAACUCGUUGAUCAGUUUACAUUUAUUUACCAAUUUGCAAAUGCAGUGUAUGAUCAAAAACAGAGAGCGAUUAGAGAUCGUUACUGA